UAUGUUAAAAUGCCGGAAGUAAACCCGUCCAAAUCACUGAAUACACGUCUGACAUUAUAAGGGGAUAUGAUAUACUAUUAGUAUAAAACGUUUUAUUCCAUGUCUUACAUAUGAACAGAACUUGCGACUUUAGUAAGAUGAAUACUACAAAGAAUGGAAUUGGAAUUAAUGCAUUGAUCGGACAUGACCUCUAGCUGCAUAUUUAUAGAGACAUCGGAAAAUUUCAAUUUUGGAAAUUAUUUCUGUAGCUUCAAAAUGAACUAAGGUGCAUUUUGCGAGUACUUUUGGGACAAAUGAGACAAAUUAUAUCGAGACUGGAAAAAAUUUAAAUAAAAGAGAAAUAUAUGUCAAAAUGAAAACAUACCAAGUACGGGUAUUUCGCAUAGAUCAUUUUAUUUGCCUUGAAUAAAACAAAAAUGGCAGAACCAGCUCAAACAAGAUACACCAGAUGUCGAUAUGUUGUAGGGGAUGUUUUGACUGAUAUAAUGAGGGAAUACAUGAUGCACUCGAAAAUUCCGUUGAGUGUUAUAUAUAAUAAAAUAAUGGGAGACGACAAAUUUAGAAAAAGACUUAAACCGCGGGAAAUUGGACAAAUUCAAACACUCGAAUCACUUCGAUUUGGCGACUGUGAUAUCAGUUUAAUGUUCAAAAUUGCUAGAUACCACAAGUUUGCAAUUAUAAUACCAGACGAUCCCUCGCAUGGCUGGGAUUCGUAUCCACUUGAAACAGACAGUACGUUUUGUGAUAACAUUUUGCGCAUUAUAAGCAGCAGGAAUGAUAUAAAUCACAAUCCUAAAACAGUCCUGUCUGAGAACGAAUUCAAAAAAAUGUUUAAAAUGUACAUAGAUAUUGGCAGAAGAGCUGAUGAACAUUUAAGUACAAACAAUAACCAUUUUACACGUCGGAUUGAAAAUUACUUAACUUGUAGUUUAGACAAAGAGAUGGAAGAGAAAUACAAAGGAGAAAUUGAAAAUCUAAAAAAAUUAGUUGAAUCCAAUCCAAGAUCGGAUACUACCGUAAAGACGUAUGCGACAAAGGAAACACAAACCAAAAUCGAUGCCAUACGUGCUGAAGAGUUGUUUGAAGAAACUAGUACAGCAAAAAUCACGGUGUCUGGAAUAGAAAAUGCGGCUGAAAAAGCGAAGCAGCUGAAUGAUCAAAAAGAAAACUUUAAAACUGACUAUAUAGAGAUGAAAAAGGCAACCGAAGGGAGUUUGGUAUUGUUUUUGCUGAUUGAUAACAGACUUUUUAAAGAUGACAACAUGAUGAAAAGAGAACUGGAACGUUUUGUCAAUACUUUGUUUGUUACUGCAGAUUUACAGUGUAUCCAAAAUCAUCGAUGUAACAUUGUUUUAGAACUAGAGGAUGCCGAGAGCGAUACUGAGGAAUCGGAGAACGAAGACGAUAUUGUAUUACAUGUUGAAAUAAAAAAUGGAGCUUUCAAAACUGACGAGUUUCUAUCACAAGACUUGGACCAAUUCAUUUCGAACGUCGUCACUAAAGCGAAUGGAAAACCUCAUUCAUGCCAUAACGAAGUUACAGCGGUGUUAGAUAUUUCCAACAAAGAAAGCAAUUCGGCAGAUUCAAUACAAUGUGAAGAAAUUAUAAAAGACGAAGCGAAAGCAUCAGAAAACAACAUACCAGAUUACAUGAAAGAAAUUUCACAGUUUCUCAUCAAAAAUGAAUUGCAACAUUUAAAGGAGAAAUUCGAAAUGGAAGAAAUAACAAUCCCAGCAUUACUCCAGAUGGAUGAUGCUGACUUAAAGGACAUUGGAAUAAAAAAGGGACCUAGAGUCUUACUUUUAGCUGCAGCAAAAGAACUUCUAGAAAAAAACGCUGUUGAUACAGAAUACCAACAUGAAGAUGAAAUAGAUGAUGUUGAGAAGUUUCUUAAAUCGCUCAACCUUCAAUAUUUGGAAGACUGCUUUAAACGCCAAGAUGUGACAAUAAAUUCACUCCGUGUGAUGGAUGCAGAUGAUCUGGUGUACAUGGGUGUCGACGAUGUAUUGACAAGAAGUAAAAUUCUGGACGCUACAAAAGUUCUUAAACCAUCCCAAGGUAUAAUUUUCAAAAUUUAA